AGCACCGCCAAUCGAUUUUCCUCCACAACCUUGGGCCGCAGGGUUCAUGCAACCACACGAGCAACUCAGUUGCUCGGGCUGCGGGGCGUGUCUCCCUUGGUAGGAACUAUAAUAGCUCUUCGUGGAUUUAUGCGCUCUGUCCCUCGACAGUAAUCGCCUCUAGGAUAAUCCGUCAGCUUGUCGCAGCUUGUCCGCUACGUCUCGUCCGUUAAAUGUCUAAAAAUCGCUGUCCGUGAAUGUAAAGCUCCCGAGCUGGGGCUCACCAGAGCAAGCAAGGUCACAACGGUAGUGACAAUAAUCUGCCGUAUGACAUCAUCAGACGUUACAACACCCUCUUUGGUAAAUCACGUUUACCGGAAAAACGUGAGUCGCGACGACAGGUUCCUUCUAGCCAUCUUUGCCUUAGAACGGGGGCCGCUCGGCGCGCGAAGUAUAGGAUACUCCCCCGCCGCUUUCUUCUUACCCCGCCAGGGAUUUCCUCACGGCACUCGCGGCGCAACAUCAGACACGCGGCGAAGCAAACAAGCUCGGUGCGAGGCUUAUAACCUAGUAGAUGCUGCUGUUACUACUAAGUAGUAGUACUACUACUGCCGCCGUGACAUAUCUUCACCCGCCGCUUCCGGCGUCUCAUAGUCUCCAGCUGCCUCGACCGUCGCUUUGCGCUGCCCGCAUCACCACUAAUACUUCCCCGUCGUUAGUUUCCCGCCAACUACCUUCUUGAGACAAUCACCUCUACGCCGUCUUCUAAUAGUACUACUAUUACUACUAGUAGCGGAACUCCCGCCGCCGUGCGCAUUGCCUGUUAAAGCUAGCAAUCGCGCCGCACUCGAAUGCUCAACACGUGGCGGGAGCGAGCGAGCGACGUGCUGACCAUGCCGCCGCGCCACCCGCGGUGGAACCGACAGGCCGUGCGACGGCAGCCGAGAGAAGAAUCGCUAUGGCCGCAUGCUGCUGCUGCUGCUGCUUCUGCGGCUGCAGCCACUAGUAGGAAUGGCGCUUCUGUCGCUACUGCGUCUACAGCAAGUUGCGCGGCAUCCGCCGGUCCAUCCUGUGCGGCGGAAGCGCAAGCACCGCGCAAGAUGCCCGCGCAUUCUCCGUCGCCAUACGACGACUCGUCCGAAGCACCAGCGCCCGCCAGCAGCAUGACGACGGCCGCCGAAGCGCACCCACCAGUAGUAGCAGUAGUAGCGCUAGCGGCGGCGGCGGCGGCGGCGCCGGAUGACUCGCGGGGUCGCCGGCUCCUCGUCGGGGGGAAACAACAGCCAUCGCGCGGCGAGGAUCUCGGCGAGAAUCGCGGCUGCGGCUGCGGCAGCGGCAGCGGCUGCGCUAGCACGGCGUCGACGCGACCUGGUAGUAGUGGUAGCCCGCGUAAGGCGGAUGGGAAAGCGCAUGAGUGGCGGCAAUCGUCCACGUCAGCCUGGCACGCCGCAAAAUUCACUACGUCCACGUCAUCCGUUGCCGCGAAGGGGGGUGGUGACGUGGCGGGCCUGGUUACCCCGCGGGGAGCGACAAACGUCGCCGGCAGGGGGUCGCAAGUGGAAGUACCCCCCGCCAUGAGCUCUUCCGCCUUUUCGGCCUGUCUGCUGCGCUCGUCCUUCGCCUAUUACAGCGCGCCCUUUUCAAGCACGCCGGCCAUGUCCCCAGGGGUGAACCAUGAAGGGGCUUCAGACAAAGGCAUGGCAGGCAGCAACAGCAUGUAUGGUACGGAGGAGGAGCAGUCCCUGGAAGAGCGGGGCGAGGAAGACGAGGACGGGCAGGACAGAGCAGAGGGGAAGCAGAGGAGAGGGGUGGCAUAUAACAGUGGACGGCCUAGGGACGGGGCACUGGAGGUGGUGGGAGCAGCGCAGGUGCACGCAGGGAGGGGAGCGGGAGUUUGGAUACAGCGGGAGAGAGGGGGUGGGAUGUGUGAGGAGAAGGAGAGGGAGAUUGUUGGUUUCCAGGAGGGUGAGCGGGAGAGCACCUACGUUGCCCUGGCCCGAUGGGAGGAAGGUGUUCAGGGACGGGCUGGGGAGGCUGGGCGAAGGGUGGUGAGCAGCGCCAACACACCUACCUGCCCGGCUGCCUCUGUCGUUUUGUCUGUAGCAGAUGGAACGAUGGGCCACGAGGGGCGGCCGCAAGGGGGGGAGAAGGAGUGGGGUGGUUUGGAAGAGAGUGUGGGGAGGGAGGAGGCGGUUGCGGGUACGUGCCAGGGCCGGAUGGCAGGGGUUCAUGCUCUUGAUUCUGCUGCUGCUGCUGCGGCGGCUGCUGUUGCUGUUGCUGGUGGUGCUGCUGCUGCUGCUGCUGGUUCUGCUGCUGGUGCUAGUGCUGCUGCUGCUGCUGCUGGUGUUGGAUUCCCUGGGGGAGGCAAAGGCACAUGGGUGGCUACGCUUGAUAGGUUUGAUGUUGAUGGCGAGGGGGAGGGCGCUGCUGAUGGAAAUGGGGAUAACGAAGGGGAGGAAGGGGAGGAUGGGGAUGCGGAUGGCCUGUUAGAGCUGCUCGUCUUAGAUGCAGCCGUAGACGCUCUCAUAGCUGACACUGACGCGCCACACUCUCACUUCCCUCACAGCACCAACCAUGUCGCCACCCCCUCUGCACUGUGCGCCAUUCUGUCUCCUCCCCCUCCCCCUCCCUCUCUGCCGUGUCCUCUUACUGAUGCUGCUUCUGCUGCUGCUGCUGCUCCUGCCGCUGCCUACCCCCAUGGCUCUACCUCGUAUGCUGCUGUGGCUGUACCUACAGCUUUUGAGGCGCAUCCGAGGCUCAGGGGUAACCAUUUCCUCCCUGCUUCUGCUGCUGCUGCUGCUGCUGCUGCUGAUGCUUGUGAAGCUGCUGUGUCCGAUGCUGGUUUCAGUGCUGCUGGUGGCUUCUGUGCUGGAACACGUCCACGUGGUGGAUGCAGUGCGUUGGGUGGUAUUGACGUGUGCAGCAGUGGGACCAAGGGGGCCCAAUGCACUGGCCUCACAGAUACCGACACUACCGCAACCUUUACUCUCCCUCUCUUCACUCCCAUCCUCGCCGCUCCUCCUCUUUUUGCCACUCCAUUAACCGAUCAUUGCCAUCCCUUCACUCCACACCUCAACUCUGGGCCAGGCUCGAUACCUUCAGCGCUCUCGCCCCUCUCUGUGCAGACACAGGCUGCUUAUAACGGGACAGGGGUUGCUUAUAGCGAGUCGUGGUUUCCCAGCAGGGAGCUAAGCAGCGGCAGCAACAAUGGCAGCGACAAUAGCAGCAGCAACGGCAGCGACUCAGAGGUUGCAGGAGCGAGCAGGUGGAUUAACAGUGGCAAUAUGAGCGGCAGCUUUAACAGCAGCGGGUAUGGCAUUGGAGGACGAAGCAGCGUGAGCAGUGACGACAGCACGUGCAGCGAUGGCAGCAGCAGCAGCUCCCAUGUGUCUCCCGCUCCUCCCGUGCCGGCCCCCAUACCUGCUUCCAUGCCUGCUUUCCCCCCGUACCCGCACCAAGCCACGCCGUUCCCCCAUGCCGUGUCAUCCAGCCAGCCGUCCCUGGCGUGCGGUGUGCAUGAGGUGAAGGCGCAUGUGAUGUCGUCAUGGCUCAUGGACGGCAGUGGGGACAGCUUCACUGGGCGCAUGCCUGCGCCAGCGGAUCCGACAGCGGAGCUAUGGUCGGGACUGGCUCUCGGCUUUUCUGCUGCCGGUGGUGCUGAUGCUGGUGGUGUUGCUGCUGCUACUGCUGCUGCUGCCGCUGCGGAUUUAAGUGUUGAUGGUGCUGAUGGUGGUGUUGCCCCUGGUGGUGUUGCUGCUGGCGAUGAGCAUGCGCUGAGCAGAGGACUUGAAUGGGCAGGGAUCAGCAUGAGUCAGUUGCCACAUCCCAUUCCCAUGCCCUUACUACAUGCACAUGCACAUCCACAUGCACAUGCACACCCGAUAAGCGCGGGUGCUGCAUCGGAUGAAUGGCAUGGUUCGUGCACAUCUAUGGCUCCCACCACGUGCUCGCCUUGUGCUGAACCACCACAGCCACUGUGCGUGAGCAGUCAACCAGAAGCACAAGUGCAGCCAUUAUCAGGUAGCCCAGCAUUAGCUCAUCUUGUGACGCUUCAACCGCCAACUGAGGGACGAGCAGCACCACCAACAAUGCCCACAGACUCGCUUUUCCCAGUGGGUGUCUCUCCGUCCUACUCCCCAUCCUCUUCCACCUCCUCCUCCUUCCCCCCCUUGUCCCCCACGUCAACCUUCUCAUCAUCUAAAGCAGCCACGGCGGCUAUGGCAUCCGUGCUGCCUCUUUCCAGCGCCCCACACUCCACGUCUGCACCAGAUGAUGCGUUGAGGGCACCCCCAGCAGCAUCAGCAGCAUCAUCAUCAUCAUCAUCAUCAUCAUCAUCAUCAUCAGCAGCAGCAGCAGCAGCAGCAGCAGCGGCAGAAGCAGCGCCGGCAGCAGCAGCAGCGCCGUACUGUGUUUCGCUCAACUUGAGGGGCCUCCCACUGCGCCCAGAGAGGCCUGAUUGCUCAUUUUACCUCAAGUGUGGAAACUGUCGCUUUGGCACAGCCUGCAAGUUCAACCACCCGCACAUGCCUCGACACCACCGGGCCUUCCUCCCUCCCCGCUUAGCCACAAGGCUAGCGUUCACAGCACCAGCGCCAUCCAUUGCCACGUCAGCAGCAUGCGCCACAGUGGAAUUGGAGGGCAGCAGCAGCGAGGGCAGAACGUUGACGGCUCGUGGGGAUGCUGCAGCUGCUGCUGCGUCUGCUUGCCUUCCAAAUGCAUUGUUUUCCAAGCCACCACAGCAGCAGCAGCCGCAGCAGCGGCAGAACCGGCGGCAGGGGGAGGGCCAGUGGGAGGAGUGGGAGGAGCAGUUAUCGGAGGCGUGGCUGCUGCCUGCGGGGCCUCGCCUGCGACUGUACCACCACCAGAAGCACCCGGAGAGGCCGGGCCUGCCCGACUGUGCUCACUAUGUCAGGACCGGCAAUUGCAGGUUCGGCAACGAGUGCCGGUAUAACCACCCAAAGCUGCGGCUCGAUGUAUCUGCUGCACGCGGCUGAAUCAAGCCUGCAACAAGCGGCAGGCGCCUGCCUUUCGCCAAGUCGCCCGAACCAGAAAAAUGGGUCCGGUUGUUGCAGAAUUGAAGUUGCUCUCAGGGCCAUAUGAUAUCCUUACACGGUGUCACUUUCUUAUGUGAUAAAACCCUUCAGGGGUGAAAACCAUAGUACUGCUGAAAUAGAGGAGGGAAAGGGGGCAGGGGGAUUGUCAAUGUAGUUAAGAAACUAUUUACAACUGUUCUAAUGUACAUCAAAGGAGUCACACAGUAAGGAAAUGGUAUUUCCUUAUCACAGGUUUUA